GACCAACGAAGCGUCGGAUACCACCAACCGAACUCCUUUCGAACUAUUCUAUUCAUUCCGAUUGACAUUGCAAACAUAUUUAUUGUCCUACAAUGUCUUCUAGAGCUUCAAAACGCCGCAGGCUCACGCCGCCGCCCGACGACGAAAACGACCACACUGGCAAGUCGUCCAAGAAGAUCCAAAAGUCUUUCUUCAAGAGCGCUGCCGGCUGGAACCUCGAGCAGGACUACGAGAGCCGCCCGCGCAAGGGAAAGAAGGAUAAGAAGGAGAGCACCCGCCUGCCCAUCAAGACGGCCGACGGCCGCCUCGAGCAGUACCGGUCCCUGCAGGGCGACGAUAACAACGACGAUGCCGACUCGGUCGCGAGUGACGGCGAGUGGCUCGAGGGUCGUGAGGACGAGGAGGCCACCGCCGAGGCGGCCAACGAACGUCUGCGCCAGGAUCGUAGGAAAGAAGAGGAGGAGUCGGAUCUGCCCGAGCCCGUCCAGAUCCACCAGGCCAAAGAGGAGCUCGCCAAAAUCGCCAUGGCGCUGAACGAGGAUCCGGAGGAGAACGUCUCGGCCUUCAAGGCCAUUGCAAAGAUCGGCCAGUCGCGCAUCCAGGCCAUUCAAAAGCUUGCGCUGGCCACCCAGCUCGCCGUCUACAAGGACGUCAUCCCGGGCUACCGCAUCCGGCCCGUCGCCGAGGACGCCCCCGUCGAGAAGCUCUCCAAGGAGGUCCGGAAGCUGCGCGCCUUUGAGCAGGCCCUCGUCUCCGGGUAUCAGGGCUACGUGAAGGAGCUCGCAAAGUGGGCAAAGGCCGAUAUACCGACCACGAGGAAAACGGGGCAGAGCAUCUCGAGCGUCGCCAUCUCGUGCGCCUGCACGCUCGUCAACGCCGUCCCGCACUUCAACUUCCGCAACGACCUCCUCAAGAUCCUCGUCAGCAAGCUCUCCAAACGCAAGAUCGAUGCCGACUUCCACAAGUGCCGCCGCGCGCUCGAGACGCUCUUUGUCGACGACGAGGAGGGCCGCCCCUCCAUGGAGGCCGUCUCCUUGCUCGCCAAGAUGAUGAAGGCCCGCAACUUUGGCGUCGACGAGAGCGUGCUCAACCUCUUCCUCCACCUGCGCCUGCUCGAUGAGUUUGCCGGCAAGGCCUCGCAAGACCGCGUCGACCGGGAGCGCGACCCGGGCGCCCCCCCGCCGCAAUCGCGCAAGAACUUCAAAAAGGAGUUCCGCACCAAGAAGGAGCGCAAGAUGCUCAAAGAGCAGAGGGCCAUCCAAAAGGACAUGGAGCAGGCCGACGCCCUCGUCAGCCACGAGGAGCGCGAGCGCAUGCAGUCCGAGACGCUGAAGCUCGUCUUUGCGUCCUACUUCCGCAUCCUCAAGAUGCGCGUGCCGUGGCUCAUGGGCGCCGUGCUCGAAGGCCUGGCCAAGUACGCCCACCUCAUCAACCAGGACUUCUUUGGCGAUCUCCUGGAGGCCCUCAAAGAUCUCAUCCGCCACGCCCAAGAGGACGCAGAGGGUAACAACCAUGCGGACGACGACGACGAGGAGAACCAAGACGAACAAGACGACGACGAUGACGACGACCUCGGCGGCGCAUCCCGCAACACGAGCCGCGAAGCCCUCCUCUGCACAGUCACAGCCUUUGCCCUCCUCGCAGGCCAAGACGCGCACAACUCCCGCUCCGCGCUGCACCUCGACCUCUCCCACUUCGUAACCCACCUCUUCACCUCCCUCCCCUCCCUCUCCCUCAACCCGGACCUCGAGCUCACCUCCAAAUCCCUCCACAUCCGCCCUGCCCAGGCCGCUGCCACGCGCGACAACCGCGUCAACCUGCAAACCACCACCGUCCUCCUCCUGCGCUGCCUCACGGCCGUCCUCUUGCCAGCCUACCAGAUCCGCUCCGUCCCGCCUCUGCGCCUCGCGGCCUUCAGCAAACAAAUCAUGUCCGCGGCGCUGCACAUGCCCGAUAAGUCGGCGCAGGCCGCGCUUGCGCUCAUGCAAGACGUCGGACACACCCACGGCAAGAAGAUUGCCGCGCUGUGGUGCACCGAAGAGCGCAAGGGCGACGGCAACUACAACGCCCUCAGCGACAGCGUCGAGGGAAGCAAUCCCUUUGCGACGACGGUGUGGGAGGGCGAGCUUCUGCGGAGGCACUUUUCGCCCAAAGUCAGGGAAGGUGUCAAGUUAUUAGAAAAGGAGAUUAAUAGCGCAUGA